AUGAAAGACUGUAAACCAGUGAAGACUCUCAUAGAAUUGAACACUAAGUUAACGAAACCAACAAAAAUUGAUGAAGGUGUUAUGAAAAUGUAUCCCUAUCAAAGCUUGAUAGGAGCAUUAAUGUACUUAGCUGUUACAACUCGACCUGAUAUUGCAUUUGCUGUAAACUUUCUUAGCCAGUUCAAUUCAAAUUAUAACGUGGAACAUUGGAAAGCAGCAAAACGAAUUCUAAGAUACUUUAAAGGUACAAGCAACUAUGGUCUAUUGUACGAGAAAAACAAUGAAGAAUUGUAUGGUCUGGUUGACGCUGAUUGGGGCGCUGACUUAAACGAUAGACGUUCAUAUUCAGGGUAUGCGUUCAUUAUAUCAGGAGCAGCAAUAUGUUGGGAAGCUCGAAAGCAACGUACAGUAGCGCUUUCAAGCACUGAAUCAGAAUAUAUGGCCAUAUCUGAGGCCACAAAAGAAGCAUUAUAUCUAAAGGCAGUCCUUGAUGAUGUUGUCGUUACAAGUAAGACAAUUGAAAUCUUUAAUGAUAAUCAAAGCGCUCAAAAAUUAACGGAAAGCUUCAGGUACCAUCCACGGACAAAGCACAUUGAUAUUCGUUAUCAUUUUAUUCGCAGCAAGGUUAACGACGGCACUAUUAAAAUCAAAUAUAUGCCAACAGGAGAAAUGCCCGCAGACGUCCUUACCAAAGGACUCACUACAGAAAAGCAUGUUAAUUGCUUAAGGAAAUUAGGAAUGAAAUACUAA